ACAAAUAGAGAGAGAGUGGCAGCAGUCUGCUGUGGGAUUAAUCCAGUCUUUCCUGAGAAGUGCUGAUGCUGAUGCUGAUGCUGAUGAUUCUGGGCCAAGUCAACCUAAUUAAACCUUUUUAAAGGUAAGUUAUUGAAGCGUGGAGGAGCUUCAUGGAUGAUUUCCGUCAGUGAUCAGUGUUCAAGCUUGUGAAGAUUUGAUGGAUUAGCUGGAUGCUUCAGUUUGAUUAGUGGAUGAUUAAUGAGUCUGUGAUUCUGGAUGAUUCUGGAAAGACACAGUUCUGGUGUCUUCACAUUAAGGGGACAGAUUCUCUUGGAUCUCAACUCUUCCUUUCCCUUCCUCACCUACUAAUUCAGAGCAAUGGGACAGAACCUCACCUGUGUCUGUGAAAAUGACCUGAGGUCACCACUGCUGGUUCCAAGUGGAUAAAUGAGGUGCAGAAAUGAGUGGAUGUGACUGAGAGGAAACAUGAGGGUGUGCAAUCGUGGAGUGCAAAUGCUCGUCACCACGGCAGGGGCUUUUGCAGCCUUCAGCCUGAUGACCAUCGCUGUGGGAACGGACUACUGGCUCUACUCGCCUGGGGUCUGCCGGACCAAGGGUUCCAGUGACAACGACACGACUCGCAAGAACGAGGAGGUGCUCACACACUCCGGGCUUUGGCGCCAGUGUUGUAUGGAAGGCAUGUUCACAGGUGUGUGUAAAAACAUUGAUCACUUCCCGGAAGACGCAGACUACGAACAGGAUGCAGCAGAAUAUCUGCUCCGGGCAGUCCGUGCCUCCAGUCUUUUCCCCAUCAUGAGUGUGGGGCUGCUGUUUAUCGGCGGUGUGUGUGUGGCUGCCAGUGAAUUCUACAAGAGUCGCCACAACGUCAUCCUGAGCGCUGGGAUUUUUUUCGUCUCAGCUGGCCUCAGCAACAUUAUCGGCAUCAUUGUGUACAUCUCGUCCAACGCGGGCGACCCCAACCAGAGCGAGUCCAAGCGGAGCCACUGGUACGGCUGGAGCUUCUACUGUGGUGCGCUGUCCUUCAUCAUCGCCGAGACGGUGGGCGUGCUCACCGUGCACCUCUUCAUAGACACGCACCGCGCACUGCGUGCAAGCUCCCGCCGCUCGCUCCGCCCCCGCUCCCGCCAGUCCUCGCUGCAGCGCCGCCUCUCCUCGGGCUCCUUUCGCUCACGUUCUCGAGACCUCGCCCUCUAUCCACUUGCAGCCACGCCCCCCGUGCUGACACGCAACUCUCUCGUCUAUGGCCGUGGCAGCUUUGCACGGUUUCACCACGCAGCCAUCGCCGACGAGGGCUUGGCCUUGGUUGGUGCGGGCGUGGGCAUGGGGGCACGAGCGCUCCUGCCCCAAAGUGCUGUUGCACCACUGGAUAACGGGCUGCCUCCAGCGUUGCUCAUGGCUGCUCAUGUGCGGAGCCCAGUGGAGAUGGCCGGAGCGCCCAGUCUGGAGCGCUGCAAGCAGAACUCAAGCCACCCGGUAGGUCAAAAUCCACAGCAUGCAUCAGAUCCACCAAAGGAGGGUACACUCUCGCCUCCAAGUGGCACAGCCACGAGGAGAACCACACCAGUGUGAGGAAGACUUGUGUGACUAUGUGAUACUAUGAAUGACAGCUCUUGGCCUCAAAUGCAACCAUGGAUAUUUUCACUCGCUCACUUCUCUUUACAGAAUUAGAGAAUUAAAAUGUUCCUCUAAAUUUUACAUUCCUGAUCUCCCUUUCAGACCUGAAAAAGCAAUGUUUGAGUAUAGUGAAUCCAUCACUCACCAAACAUUGAAAUCUACAGGGGUUGGACAAUGAAACUAAUUGCACCAGUAAGAGCAGAGUGUGAAGGUUCAAUGCAAUGCACACAACAUUAUAGGUGACAUACCAGAGUUCAAAAGAGGACAAAUUGUUGGUGCACGUCUUGCUGGUGCAUCUGUGACCAAGACAGCAAGUCUUUGUGAUGUAUCAAGAGCUACGGUAUCCAGGGUAAUGUCAGCAUACCACCAAGAAGGACCAACCACAUCCAAUAGGAUUAACUGUGGACACUGUAAGAGGAAGCUGUCUGAAAGGGAUGUUCGGGUGCUAACCCGGAUUGUCUCCAAAAAACAUAAAACCACGGCUGAUUAAAUCACGACAGAAUUCAAUGUGCACCUCAACUCUCCUGUUUCCACCAGAACUGUCCGUCGCCACAAUAAAUUAUUGUAGUCUAAAACCAGGUGUUUCAGUUUCUUUGUCCAACCCCUGUAUUUGUUUUUUAAUCAUUACACCUUCUGGUGGCUGACUGCAGUACAACAUUUAUCCCCACCAAAUCCCUUGUAAGUGAGUAGAGCAGAAAUGGAACUUUAAAUUAAAAAGACACAUCCACUAUGUACGUAUACAUUUUUGCCAGUUGUGUUUUGUCAAUUCUCUAAGCUCCCCUCAUGCUACUACACCCCCAUCCCCCCCACAGUGUUUCUCUUCACAGUUAACACAUUUUAUAGAAGUAAUUUGGUGAUAUUUACAGUGGUGCAGCAGUGACUCAAUUGCCAGCUGUGCACAAGCUGAUAGACAUCUAAUAUUGACCAUCUAAUAUUGUGAAUAUUUAAGGCAUUUCAAGACAAUAAAUCGCAUAUUGGUGUACUUUCAAACUUGGUGUGCAGUUUAUUGUGCCAUCAUUGUGUGCAAAUCACGGCUGAUUUAGUUCCUUAUUUUAACUGGUUACGUGUCUCAGGCUGUGUUUUCACAUCACUGAUUUUGAAAACUUCACACAGCUUGAACGAUGUCUCCCCACGUUUCUGAGACCUUGAUUUACAGCACUCUAUCAGGAAACAUCAAUGCACUUCACGCUUUCCUCUGCUGACAAGCUUUAUGGAUAUGCAGAUUUCAUUUUCCAGCAGGACUUGGCAUACUGUCCACACUGCCAAAAUGUUUAUAUAAUAUUCUUUUUUUUCUGGAAUACUGACUGGCAGAUAAUGGGUGUAGGAGCAAGGAUGUGGCUAUAACGUCAUGCUUGAUCGGAGGAAGAAUAUGUCACUUUCUAAAUUUCCUGUUGAAUCCGAUGUAUGUUUUACAGGAAAAAUGUUUUUGAUGAAUGUACUUUGAUUUCUUGGUUUCUCAAUUCUUUAUUUUUUUUCUUUAUUUCUCAACAGCAAUAAUCUGUGUGUAGCCUACAAUGAUCUUCUGUAACAUUAAAACCAC